CGGGAAGAAUUGUAUAUAAUGUCGAAUCCAAAAUUGAGCAGAGGAUAAAAUGAGGCUUCAGCAGCCUCAGUAAGUGGAAUCGUGGGUACUUUCCAAGGUGAAUCCUAUGUCCUCUUUGUGUUGCUGUUCCUCCCCCAGAGCACAGGAGGCUCAGUCUGGAAAAUUCCAAAAGAGAGAAUUUGUGUAGAAAAAAACAUUUGAUCUUCCUCAGACUGAAGCUUCAUAUUAAAGGAGUGGAUUCUGUUCCCCAUGUCGUACAUUCUAAUAGAACCAGCACGGGAUAUAGAGUAUAAACAGAAACAGGGUUGCAAAAUACUGGGAAACUUCCCGUGAUAAUUGGCAGGAAUUUACAGGAAUCAUCUGGAAUGAAAUGGCAAAUAUUUUUGCCGAUAUUGCAUUUACCGUGUCAUAUGCAGCUGAAAACAAACCUUGUAUCGUAUCAUAUGCAGACAAAAUCCAUUAAUUCCUAUUUAAUGGGAUUCUGGUAAAUGAACUGUACAUGUGAUAUUCAGCACCGCAUGUUUAAAAUUCAAUUAAAUGGAAAUACUCUUCUCCAAAACAUGCCUUAAGACCUCGUAGUACCAGAAAUGUAUCGACCCUUUGCAACCGAUAACAGCGACCAAUUACUCUGUCAACAUACAUACAAAUAUAUAUAUAUAUAUAUAUACAGUGUGGGUAUGUGAGUAUUGUAUUACGAUAGUCUUGAAAGAAAUAUGAACAUAUUAAAGAGCUGAGAAAUAAUGUAAGUAUUUCUGAUGAAAGGUGAUUACUUUGCCAUUAUCAGCAUCAUAAUUGUUAAUUGGAAGAUUUUCUGUUCUCGUCUCACCCCAAGAUUAUUUAUCCUAAUGUCUUUAGGAGGGCUUUUAAUGAGCGGAUUAACCUUUCCUAUACGACUUCCUGGGACGAGAGGAGAGCCCGACGAUUAAAACCCGGUCUCCUGCUCUUAAUGUCCAAAUGCAACAUGCUGCACUGCAGCAGUGUCAGAGCCUUCUGAAUACAUGUCUCCUUAGCCAUAUUGUUUCUAAAAAAGUAAGCUAAACUACAUUUAACAAACAUCAAAAGGCCUAAUUUGUUUGUCUCAAUGUGAACUUAAAAAUGGUCUCAAGGCUACUAUGAAUGUAAAUUGUGGUCUUCAAUUAACAAGAAGUAACGUAUCGAUGGUCUUUUCUUCCUUUCGUUUUGCCUCCAGUGGCUCAGAACACUCAGACGUUUAUUUGUAUUUUACCGAAUCCAUAAACCGAGUUCCAUUUGUCCCUCCAUGUGUUGCUAGAGCACACUGUGCACUCCUUUACUUCCAAACGCCUUGUUCUACACACGUCUGUCUGCUGUUAGUCUUCAUUCAACAGAAGAUGUAACUCAUCAGUCACUUGAUUUAUUGUUUUUGGUGGCUGGCCUCAAGCUAAAUUAAUGAAAUGUAUUGUUACUGUACAACACCCUGUUGAAUCAAACUGAAUGUCUCUCCAUCUUUUUUUUUUUUUAAAUAAAGAAAAUCAUUUGUCAGGUGUUCUGCAAAUGCACUCUGGAACAUAUUAGAUAUGCUCCUAUGAUUGUUAAUAGUGAAAUGAAUGCUGUUGAAAGUGUUUGCAAGCCGGCAUGUGAUAACAUUGAGCCUGUAACGGACCUGCACAGUGUUGACUCUGUGUGUGUACACCUACCAUGACUUACAGCGACACAUGGCAGAACCAUUGAUGGGACAUCUGAAUGACUCAUCUUCAGCACCAAGCUGUCAGUUUGAGGGAUUUUUUUCCAUUUCCCUUAUGUUUUCUUUUCUAUUUCAAAACAAUGUCGACUUCUUUUUGUAAGCACACAUUUUCACUUUCUAUUUUCUGUACUGUAACAUGCAAUAAAUUGAUACAUUGAAAUUGCUUGUCCUGUUAGAUGUUGUAAAUAAGCUUCUUUUUUUAAAGUAACAGUUCUAAACUCACUUAUCUAACCUGACGUCACUUCACUUUUUUUAUUCUGGGAAUCGCAGUUUGUUUGUUUUGCCAUUCAAAGUUGAAGUAAUUUUUGUACUUCCUUCUUUCUGUGCAUGUUGGCUCCUCGAACUGUAAAGUUCAAAUGUGACGGUGCCGAUAAUUAUGUCUUAUUUCUCCCUCUCCCUCUUUCUCUCUCUCUCUCCCCCUAUUUCCCUACCAGUCCCUCGUCUCGCUGCCAACCUGUCCUUCCUGUUUCCACGAUCACAUGGCUUGUUUGUUAGAAUGUGGAGAAGCUGCGAUGUGUUUUAUCCUUUUUAAAGAGCGAGAUGACGAGAAAGAGGACUUGUCAGGGCUGCUGGUCAGGCAGGAAGCAGCGAGUGAGGUUAGCAGAGCGGAACAAUAGAGGGGAAGCUGUUGUGCCCUUUCUUUGUACAGUAUUUCUUCUGCGUAUAGUCCCUCAGACGGACUAAAGUGGAACCAGCUACUGAAGUAGAAAGCGAGACUAAAGGAAGCCAGCGGUGCUUUUAAACCGGGAUUAAGGUAAAGUUUAAGACACCGUUGAUGACAGCAGCAAACACGCACCACUCCUUGCCCAAGUGUGUCAGCAGAGAGGCAGCUUAGUUCAGGCCUGAGGCUGGUCAUGCUGCCGGUGUGAGCUCUCUGGAGACUGUUUGGGCCCCGCAAUGGAAGUUUUGGCAGGUGUGAAGCCUGAUGCUGGACAAAGGCCAGGUGGAGGGAGGCUGUCCUGGCCAGUUCUCCUGCUGACGCUCGCUGCAGUCACCUCCUCCUCUCUUUCAGCGUUCUCCCUGUACCAACUGGUGGCUCUCAGGGCUGAGGUGGAGGGACUCAAAUCAGAGGUCGGUCGCAGGAGAGAAGACGGACGAGAGGCCAAGCAUGCGGGCCAGAUUGAGAACAUCGGUAGGAGGAGCAGCCAAGAGUCCCUGCACCCACCUGGCUUUCCACAUGCUUUCCCCCCAAUACGAAAGAAAAGAUUGGUCUCCGGAUCAGAGGCAUUAGUUUCUCAGCCUUUCCUGCAGUUGUUGGCAAACAAUAGCAGGAAAACUUUCCAGAAAGAAUAUAACUCGGAGCCGCACACCGGCAUCCCCUGGCAGGCUGGGCUGAGGAGAGGCUCUGCCCUGGAGACAGACGGAGACAGCAUGUUAGUCACAGAGGAGGGCUUCUACUUCGUGUACAGUCAGGUCUACUACAUGGACAGCACCUUUGCAAUGGGUCACGUGGUGAUCCGGAGGAAGAGGAAUGUGGUGGGAGACGAGCCUCAGUAUGUGAUCUUGUUCCGCUGCAUCCAGAAUAUGAACCCCGUCCACCCUUACAACACCUGCUACACAGGAGGUAUUGUGAAGCUGGAGGUCGGGGACCACUUGGAGCUGCUGAUCCCUCGUGCCACAGCCAACGUGUCCCUGUAUGGAGACACCACCUUCCUGGGUGCUGUCAAACUGGCUUGAAAUGUGUCAACUGAUUUCAGACUGGAGGGACACUGUGGUGGUGGAGGUGGUGGGGGGAAAAAAAAAAAAAAAAAAAAGGGGUGCCAUAACGGGAGCAACAUAGCACAGUUCUGGUGACCACGCCUGACCUUGUGUGAGGUGAGAAGAAAACAGGAAGCAGCCAUUUCUGUACCGACUGCGUGACUCCAAGCUUGUUUCCGCCUGAGGGGACAUGAAGGAGACUAUGAGUUGAUGGCAUGAUCUUUACUGUUAAAGAUGCACCUUGUACAUGUAGCUACAGCUGUAUUAUGCUCAUUUCUACUAUACAUCAUGACAGGAUAUUGUACAAACUGUCACAAUCAAAUGACUGAGACGUGACUUUGUCUGACUCGUAAGAGAUGUGUUACUUGUGUAGCGAUGUGUUACUUGUGUGUCAUUCUCAUACUGUUAUUGAUCAAUAAUCUUUCCUCCUGUAGCGUGACUGAAAUAGCUCUCGUAUGUUAUUUUAGACAUUCAAACACAAACGUAUCAUCUGAGUGCCAUCAUUUUGAUUCAAGUUUAUUCACUGAUUAAAAAUUCAGAUGCAAUAAAGUGACAGUUCUGUGCAAAAAUAUAUGACAUCA